AUGGCCGCGUCAGACGACUGUGGCAGCAUCUUCGGCUCACCCAUAUUCAAGCUCAUCGGCGAUCCUCGAAAAAUCAUGCUGGUUCCAGCGUUGGUUAGAAUUCAGGGAGGGCCUGACACAAGGGAUGCACUUCUCCUGAAGACGCGCCAGAGCAAAUGGAACAGAUUCUCUCUUGGCUCUAAACGGGUCAACUCGAGUAUCAAUCGGCCGGAAGUCGCGUCUCAUGACGCAAAGCCCUCACUGACGGACGCUGUUCUGCUCUACAUCGUCGCGGACAAGUAUAUGUUCCACGACCUGACGCGGCGGAUCGAGGGCAUGUUCCGCAAAUACUUCGACGAAGACAUCGAGACCGCCUUUUCGUAUCAGAGCUAUCUCCGGACUUUGAGAGAAACGGGGCUUCCCGAGUGCUGUGGUCUGAAGAAGGUCCUCCUGGAUAAUCUGGCCGUGGAUCUCCGACGGCACGGCUGGAAUAUGUACAUGAGGGAAAUGGACCCGGGGCUUACCGAGGAAUCACUGUGUAGAGAACGAUCCCAAGGCCAUGUUGAAGUGGAUGGAAAGUCUCACUGA